UUUCAGAGGGAGAGUAAAAUGACGAAGAAGAAACUGAGAUUCACCACUCCAACUCCCACCGUACAAGCCGAAGGCGAAGACCGCAUAAGUGAUUUACCCGAUGAACUCAUCCAUCACAUUCUCUGGUUCUUAGAUGUGCAAACUGCAGUACAAACCUGCAUUCUCUCCAAACGAUGGAAGCCUGUGUGGACUACUCUUCCGUUUAUCAAUUUCACGAGAUACGAUCAACUACACGGUGAAUACAUUCGAGGCAGCACUUUCAAUUCUUUUCGAUGUCUCUUCUUGGAUAGCUUCACUGCCGAGAUGAACUUGUUUGACAAGUUUUUCUCCCACCGAAACCAUGAUUCACGCAUAUUCAAAUUGUACCUCUCGUUUUUCUUUGUUCCGCCCUCGAAUUUGGUUCACAAGUUUAUCAAUUACGCAAUUUCGCGUCAAGUGCAGGACUUGAACGUGCAUAUACCAGAAUUUGUUACUGAUUUAUCGACCUUUAAUUCUGCUUCUGUGGAGAAACUGACUCUGAGUCUCGAUUUUUGUAAGGUGUUCAAAUUCUCGGAUUGUUGGGAUUUACCUGCUUUAACAACUCUACGCUUGAUACUCCCUUCGUUAAGCCCUGGCGGAAUAAGUAUUCCUGAAUUAUAUUUGAUCUGUUUGCCUUCUUUACAGACUCUGUUUCUCGAUCGAAUUGAGUUACCAGAUUCUCUUGAUUUGCCUGAUUUAGUAACUCUCUAUCUCGCACGGUGCAAAUUGCCCUCUGAAAUUGGGGAUUUCUCGGCUUUAUCAACUCUCAUACUUGAUGAUGUGGAAUUCCAGGAAAAUGAGACGAAUUUAUUCCCUGCACUUGUCAAUCUUCGGAAUCUCACCUGGUUUUUCCGCCAAGGAUUAAUCAAGGCAGAUUGUGUUAUAAAUUGUCCUCAAUUGGUGAACCUGAAUAUCUAUGCCUAUACCUAUGUGACUGCGUUUAAUAAUCAUUCUGGUAAUUUUAUACUUGUGGCGCCUAAAAUCCGCAAUAUUAGCUGUGUUGGUUUAUUCCCAAUCACAUUUGGACUAUCUCAGUUGGAGAGUGUGAAUAUGAAAAUAAGGGAUAGAACUGAUGGAAGAAAGAUUAUUCCAGGAUCUAAGUUGAUGAAUAUAUAUUAUCGUGGAUUUACUUAUAUGUUUCAGUCUCUGGGUAGUACAAAGAUUCUUACUCUCGACUUGGAGACCAUUGAGGUUUUAUCUUCUAUUUCAGACUCUCUCGUAAAUUCUCCUCCUCCAUUCUAUAACUUAGAGUAUGUGAAGGUGCCAGAAGGAUGUAAAGAAUCGAGUCUGUCGACUGACCUUAAAUGCUACUUGCUUGGUCGCUCUCCAGAAGCUACUAUUGUCACUAAAUUGCCUCAGAAAAAUAUUGUUCCUCAUAGUGAGGCAGCUUCAGUGACAGCUCGGAAUGCAGUGCUGCAUAAGUCCUUGAAAUCCCCAAUAAACAUGUUGGUUUGUCCUGAAAACCUAAAUAAAACUGUGUGCAUUGACACUUUGGACAUGGGGGUGCAAGAGAAGAUGGCACAGAAUUAUGUAGUAAGUGCUGAAAGGGUUACACAAAUUGAUGCUCCAGUUGAAGAUAGUGAUAGAAUUAGCUCCUUCGGGUUAUGGCAGGGUCACGAGGUUAAAUCCGAGUUUGUAUGUCUACUCGAUCUUAUAAAGACAAAGUACCCAGAAACCUUUGAGAAUUUUACUACCAACAACAAGAGAGCUAGUACAACGAAGCUAAAUAUGUUGUGCACCUCAGUAAAUGACUUUAUUAAAAUCUCUCUGAGUGAUAUCGAUACUGAGAUGAUUGCUGUGUACAGGGACGUAUUUUCCUGCUUAAAGCAAUUUGGAUUCAACGUAGGAUGGCUUGUGAGCCGUCUGAAAUAUGUAGAACAGCUCCAAUUUUCACAGCCUCUACUUUCCGAGCUUCAUGCAAUUGACUGUCAUAUUGAGGAUGCAAAGAGUAAGCAAGAUAUGCAGGUCCGUGUUAGCAACACAGGAAGUAAAUUGCAAGAUCUACAGAACCUUGGUGCUGCCAAGGUGCAACAGAUUCAGAAUGCUUGUGGAGCAAAAGGUAAAAACCUUGUUGUUGGCUACGUUGGAGAUGAUCUAUUUUCUGAUCCCUAAUUUUUCAAGAAUGGUCUGAAUCUUUUUGGCAAUGUGUUGAUAAUGUGCUUCAGAAUAUAUAUCUUCUCAGAGUUUGAGCUGCCCUUAGUUAUAUUCAGUGUCAUUCAGGCGUUCUAGCUAUUUUUUUUGUUAGAAGACAAUUUUUUGCAUAAUUGGUACAUUCGAUUGCAAAUAAUAGUAGGAAUUUCAGAGUAACCGGCUAAACCAACUGCUUGUGUUUAUAAACUUUAUGGGCCUGAUUUAUAUCUCCUUUUUUUUAUUUUUACAAAAAAUAUUUUAUUAUUGUUCAAUAAAAUACAGGAACAC